GGGGGUGUAAGAUUUCCCCUUAUUCCUUUGUGUGAGCUACACUCAUCUUACUGUCCAUGUACAAGAGGGAGAGGGCUUUGUAGAGCACAAAUGGACAAAGAGGAGGAGAGAUGGCGGUGGGAGCCUUGGCUGUGCCCUCCAGUGCACUCCCCAGCAGAGCUGAACUGAAAUAAUCUGCUACUCAGAUGGGCCAGAAGGAUCUUGCUUCCCUCCAGGAGCAAGGAGAUCGGCAGGGAGACAACUGUGUAUUUCUGACUUGCAAUCCCUUCUCCCGACUGUUCCUGAGUGGUGCAGCUAUGCAAUACUCCUUACUACGGGCUAGAAGGUACAGAAGAGCCUUUAGUGUUAACUCGUUCCCAUGCUGCUGCUGCUGCUGCUCCAGUUUUCCAUAUGCUGCCUCAUGCUGGGGAACAGUGAGGUGGUGACAUCUUUUGAAAACACAUGCCCUGGGUUUUUCUUCAGGGAAACCCCCCCAAACAAUGCCAUCAAACCUGCCAAUCCAGCCCAGAUUUGCCAACUUUACAAGAAUCAGUAUCGCUUUGCUACUUUGUACGACACGGACAACCGCAUUCCAAUAUACUCUGCAUAUGUGUACCAACCUGGUUAUGGUAAGCGACCUGAUAGUUGGAUGGUAGAACCCCAGCUCAUGGGUUCAAAUUACCGAAAGGAAAUGGCAACUGAAUGGAUGCUCUUAAAUGAUAUCGGUGUUGACCAGGGACUGCUUAAUGAGAGCCAGGCCGUCCUGCGAGAUUAUAAGAAUCUGACUAAUUUCAACAGGGGCCACUUGAACCCGAAUGGGCACCAACCCGACCCUGACUAUAAGGCUGCUACCUUCACCCUGACCAACAUUGUGCCCCAGUUUAUGAAUCUCAAUAGUGGGAAAUGGAACAACUACGAACAAGAAGUAAUGAUGAGUAGGACUGAAGGGUGUGCUACCACAUACGUCGUUGUGGGAGUGGUCCCUGGCAACAAUUACAUAGCUGGAGGCAGAGUCAAUAAGCCCAGCCACAUCUGGUCUGCCGCCUGCUGUGAGAUUGAUAACAAUCACAGGAAGUCCUGGGCAGUCAUUGCUCUGAAUGAUCAGAAUGCAGUCGAGCUGCUCACUCUGGGUGAGUUAGAGGAGAAGCUGGUUGAACUGUACAGAAAGGAGGAGAUCCUUCUGUUUGACAGUGACUGUCCUCGACAAUAAACUCCUGACCCCACUCACACACUUCUCCAUAUCCGCCUGGAGAAAGGGGUUGGGAGCCUUCACCAGUAGCUGUGCUGUCUUGCCAUUAUACACACUGCAUUUAGCCCAUCCUGUUUAUUAAAUGUGUUUACAGCUCUCUCU